AUGUGCGGAGGAAGCCGGGUGGAUGUGAACGCCGACCGCCGGAUCAACACCGAGGAGAUGCAGCGCUGGAUUAUGGAGAAGACGGCCGAGUACUCCCAGGAGGCAGUCCGCGAGAACAAGCUACACUUCGGAGCCGUGGACCCUGACGGCGACGGCCGAGUGUCGUGGGACGAGUACCGGGUGAAGUUCCUGGCCAGCAAGGGCCAGAUGCGCGAGAGGAUCAAGAACAACGAGGACCUGAAGGCGGACGAGGAGACACAGGAAGUCCUGGAGAACCUCAAGGACCGCUGGUACCAGGCGGACAACCCCCCUUUGGACCUGCGGACCGAGGAGGAGUUCCUGUCCUUCCAGCACCCGGAGCACAGCCGCGGCAUGCUGCAGUUCAUGGUCAAGGAGGUCGUGCGCGACCUGGACCAGGAUGGUGACAAGCGGCUCUCUCUACCCGAGUUCAUCUCCCUGCCCGUGGGCACCGUGGAGAAGCAGCAGGCCCAGGACAUCGAUGACAACUGGGUCAAAGACAGGAAGAGGGAGUUUGAGGAGCUGAUCGAUGCUAACCAUGAUGGCAUUGUGACCCCAGAGGAGCUGGAGGAGUACAUGGACCCCACGAACGAGUCCAACGCCCUCAACGGGGCCAAGCAGAUGAUCGCCAUCGCCGACGAGAACCAGAACCACCACUUGGAGCCCGAGGAGGUCCCCAAGUACAGCGAGUUCUUCACCGGCAGCAAGCUGGUGGACUAUGCACGCAGCGUGCACGAGUUCUCACCCGGCCCCGCCCGCCCCAGCCUCGUGGCCGUGGCUGCAGGUGCCACCUUUUGGACCCUUCUCUCCUUCCCACCAGACUGA